CGAGUCUAUUCUGCUUGUUUCAUUGCUUUCCGACAACCCUUUUCCUUAUAUUCAGCCGGGCUACAGCCAUGAAAGCCCUUAACCUUCUCCUAUUUGCCGCUAUUUCUUUAGGGGGCUUUGGUGAAGCUGCUCCUUAUGCAGCUAAUCUCGAAGAAACCUUACCGUCGCUCGAACCGGUAACAGGCGAAACACUACCUGUACUUCUACCAAGGGACGACAAGAUCCCCGCCUUCAAAACCGUAUCGCUAGCACCUCAAGCAACCUCUUACCACUUUUACAAAAGCUCCGACUCUCAAACAGAUAAAGACCCUGCUGUGGCGGCCGUCCUCUCUAAGAUGAAGCAAGAUGGGCUCUUCACCGCCGUCGUUAUGCGUGGAGCGAAGACGUCGAUUGUGGGUCCCCCCGAAGGCAAGGUAAGGCCUGAUAAAUUCGUGAUGUCGCAGCAAAAGAAAGGCGAGAACGCCCUUGUCACCAAUGGCGGCUUUUUCAUCGUAUCAGAUCCUCUUCUAAAGGCGGAUCUUAAUGGACCUCCUCUCGACCCGAAAAAGUACCGAGCCUUCGCGGUCGGCCCCACGUCUGUCUCCAAGAACAGUGUCGCUGUGCCCGGCGUGUAUGCGGACCUUUAUGAAAAAAUCUCCGGCGACGACGGUAGUUUCUUGACUUCCGGGCCUGACUUAAAGAAGCCGGUCGACACGAAAAUCCCCGAUCCGAAGCUAGCGAACACAAAGGCCGGCCGGCUACAGUACUGGGUCAAGACUCCCGACGGAAAAAUGGUUCCCAACCCUGCCAAGGACAGAAACAACCCCUAUUUGCAGACCGUUUUUACACACUUGCCCGGCGGGCUAUGUACGGUGAACGAGCCCAAUGAGAGGAACGUGCUGGUAUAUGUAGGCGGUGGCAUAAAGAUUGCCGUUACCUACAACUCGCAGAGAUCGAAGGGCAUGAGGAUUAAUGAGCUGAGGACCUUGAUUGACCAAUUUUUGAAGAGCUAUUUGAAGAAGAGCAUUGACGACACCCAGAUAGCGCUCAAUUUGGAUGGCGGCGGGAGUAUAUUCAUGGGUUGGUUAAAGGAUGGGAAGUUGAGCAUAUUGGCUGCAGGAAGUGUAUCUGGCGGGCCAAAAUUAUACCCUCAGAAUCCUAAAGGAUUGGCGUCCGGGUUUAGGGAGGUGCCGAACAUGGUGAAGCAUGAUUUAGUUUAGGAGAUGAUACCCCCAAAAGUUUUGGUUUUAAUAGUUCAAUCGAGUUGGUCCCAC